AUUUGCUUUAUUAGUUUUAUUAUUUUGUUUAUAAUUAGAAUGUUGUGUUUUUAUUUGAGUUUAAACUGUCUUUUGUUUGACAGAGUAACUUUUAUUGAAUGAGAAGUAGUUAAUUUAAACUCGUCAAGAAUUGUAAUAACUUUUUUGUGAGAUUGAAUGAGUUUAUUAUUUAUAUCUUUUGUUUUGUUAAUUUCUUCAUUAGUAAUUUAUUAUAGACGGGAGUAUAUAAGUAGAGAUUUUAAUAUUAAUCGAUUUAUUAUGCUUGUAUUAAUGUUUGUGUUGUCAAUAAUGCUUUUAAUUAUUAGACCAAAUUUAAUUAGAAUUUUAUUGGGAUGAGACGGACUGGGGCUAGUUUCGUAUUGUUUAGUUAUUUAUUUCCAAAAUGUAAAGUCUUUUAAUGCAGGGAUGUUAACUGCGUUGUCUAACCGAAUUGGGGAUGUGGCUUUACUGUUAGCUAUUGCCUGAAUAUUAAAUUACGGAAGAUGAAAUUAUAUUUUUUAUCUUGAAUUAAUAAAGAUAGACUAUGAAAUAAUAAUUAUUGGGGGAUUAGUAAUUUUGGCUGCAAUAACAAAAAGUGCCCAGAUUCCGUUUUCUUCUUGGUUACCGGCUGCAAUAGCUGCUCCCACACCUGUUUCAGCUUUAGUUCAUUCUUCAACCUUAGUAACUGCGGGGGUUUAUUUAUUAAUUCGGUUUAAUAUGUUAAUUGAUGGAACGUGAAUAGCAACUGUGCUUUUAUUAAUUGGUGGACUUACAAUGUUUAUAUCGGGGCUGGGGGCUAAUUUUGAAUUUGAUCUAAAAAAGAUUAUUGCUCUUUCUACUUUAAGACAAUUGGGGUUAAUGAUUAGAAUCUUAUCUAUAGGGUUUCCUAAAUUGGCUUUUUUUCAUUUGUUGACUCAUGCAUUAUUUAAGGCUCUUUUAUUUAUAUGUGCUGGGGCUAUUAUUCAUAAUAUAAAUAAUUCUCAGGAUAUUCGAAGCAUAGGAAAUUUAGCAACACAUAUACCUUUGACUGUAAGAUGUCUAAAUGUGGCUAAUUUAGCUCUUUGUGGAAUACCCUUUUUAGCGGGAUUUUAUUCUAAGGAUAUAAUUUUAGAGUUGGUUUUAAUAUCUUAUACUAAUUACUUAAUUUUUUUUUUGUUUUUUUUUUCUACAGGGCUUACAGUGUGUUAUUCAUUUCGAUUAGUUUUUUAUAGUUUAACUGGACACUUAAAUUGUAGUUCUAUACAUUAUUUAAGAGACGAGGGAUGAACUAUGUUACGAGGAAUAAUAGGACUGAUGAUUAUAAGAAUUGUAGGGGGGAGAAUACUAAAUUGAUUAAUCUUUCCUGUUCCUAGAGCUAUUGUUUUACCGUUAUUUUUAAAGCUGUUAACUUUAUUUGUUUGUAUUGUGGGAGCAGUUAGAGGGUAUACAAUUUCUAAUGUUUCAAUUUACUUUAAUAAUAAGUCUUUAUUAUUAUAUAAUGUUUCUGUAUUUUCUGGGUCAAUAUGGUUUAUACCGUAUAUUUCGACUUAUGGAAUUAUUGUGUAUCCUUUAAAGUUAGGGAUAGCAAGAUUUAGGGGGAUAGAUCAGGGAUGAUCUGAAUAUGCUGGUGGACAAAUGAUUUAUUAUUUAUUAAGAAAGUAUUCAAAUUAUUAUCAGAUCAUGCAGGGUAAUAAUUUAAAAUUUUAUUUGUUGACUUUUACUUUAUGAAUGGUUAUGUUUAUAGUAUUGAGUGUAACUUAG